UCUCCUGUGCUGACUGGUUGUAGGGAAUACGGCUAGAGGGCAUUCAAUAAUCCUCUUUCACCCUUCACAAAAUAUUUCAGGGUCCGCAGAAGUGAGCACCCCGUCAGAGAUGGUUCCUGCUGGCCUGAGCCUGGGGGCCUCCGUCCUUUGCCUCUUGGCCUGGGCUCGCCUGGCCCCUGCAGACCGGGUGUAUAUACACCCCUUCCACCUCCUUGUUUACAGCAAGAGCAGCUGUGACCAGCUGGAGAAACCCAGGGCGGAGUCGCCCCCAGACCCAACCUUCACACCUGUCCCGAUUCAGGCCAAGUCGUCCGCCGUGGACGAGCAGGCCCUGCGGGAGCAGCUGGUUCGAGCCACCCAGCAGCUGGAGGCCGAAGAGCGGCUGCGGGCCGUGAAGGUGGGGGUGUUGCUCAACUUCAUGGGCUUCCACAUGUACAAGAUGCUGAGCGAGACACGGAGCGCGGCCAGCGGGGCUGUGCUCUCCCCGGUGGCUCUCUUUGGCACCCUGACCUCUUUCUACCUGGGGGCCUUGGACCCCACGGCCAGCAGACUACAGGCGUUCCUGGGCGUCCCGGGGGAGGAUCAGGGCUGCACCUCCCGGCUGGAUGGUCACAAGGUCCUCUCCGCCCUGCAGACCAUCCAGGGCCUCCUGGUGGCCCAGGGCGGGGCCGGCAGCCAGGCCAGGCUGCUCCUGUCCACGGUGGUCGGGCUGUUCACGGCCCCUGGCCUGCGCCUGAAGCAGCCAUUCGUGCAGGGCCUGUCUUUCAUCUCCCCUGUCACCCUCUCCCGCUCGCUAGACUUGUCCACGGACCCAGAUCUCGCUGCUGAGAAGAUCAACAGGUUCAUGCAGGCUGUGACGGGGUGGGAGAUGGACAGGCCCCUGACAGGGGUCAACCCAGACAGCACCCUGCUCUUCAACACUUACGUCCACUUCCAAGGAAAGAUGAAGGGGUUCUCCCUGCUGCCGGGGCUCCAGGAGUUCUGGGUGGACAACACCACCUCCGUGUCGGUCCCUAUGCUCUCGGGCAUCGGCACCUUCCACUACUGGAGCGACACCCAGAACAACCUCUCUGUGACCCGCGUGCCCCUCAGCGCCAAUGCCUGCCUGCUGCUCAUCCGGCCGCACCACGCUCCCGACUUGCGGCAGGUGGAGGCCCUCACCUUCCAGCACAACUUCCUGACCCUGAUGAAGAAUCUCUCUCCCCGGGCCAUCCACCUGACCAUGCCCCAGCUGACACUGAAAGGGUCCUACGACCUGCAGGACCUGCUUGCCCAGACCAAACUGCCCGCCCUGCUGGGCGCUGAGGCAAACCUGGGCAAAAUCAGCGAUGCCAACCUCAGAGUUGGAAAGGUGCUGAACAGCGUUCUCUUUGAGCUAAAAGCAGACGAGGGAGAGCAGCCCACGGAGUCUGCACCACAGCCAGCUGGGCCCGAGGUCUUGGAGGUGACCCUGAACAGCCCAUUCCUGUUGGCCGUCUUGGAGCGAGACUCGGCUGCCCUGCACUUCCUGGGCCGCGUGUCCAACCCGCAGAGCGCUGUGUGAGGCCCGCUGCCGUGUGUCACCGCCGGUGUCACCACCCGUCCCCGUUCUCUUCCACGGCGUCCACCUGGGGCCGAGAGCGGCCGCUCCUCCUGGGAAACGCGCGCUGUGUACAAUGAGCAUCCUUCUCAGGCGGCUGGGGGGAUGCAGGGCCAUGAGCCCGUGUUCGGUACAGGCCACUGCUCCUGAAAGAGCUUGAACACACCAGCUUGUUUUUGAAACCCAAAAUGCUUUCCUUUUUCAUCGAGGACAGAAAUCGGGCUUUAAAAUUAAAACAUCCCUUUCUCAUUGCCCCAGGCUCACCUUUGGCUUAUUGAGUGUGACGAUGACCUGCAAGUGGUCCAUGAUGCGUUCCUUUCUCUGGGUUUCUCAGCUUUUCUUUCCCCUGAUACUUGUGGUUUUUGAAAAACACAUUACGAAAAACAACACAAGCGUCUGAAUGUACGUUAGACUGUAAUCCCAUGGCUGGCUAUCACUGCGGUGUUAAUAAAUGUCUUGCAACAGUAAGCAAAAAUGAAAACCUCUUUCACUCAGCAGCAGCAGCGGGACUAAUGUGUGCAAGGCAGCUGACAGGCUGUACCGACAAAAGGGCCUUUUCGGCCUUGGAGCCGUGUCUGGACGGGGCUUUCGUGGAAGGCACAGGCUGUCCUCGCCUCAUCUGGACAAGUUCCAGGUGCGCAGACCAGCUGCGCGGAGCCCGCUGGGAAGCACCGGGCGGCAGACAGCCAGGCCCUUCCUCCCGGACACGUCCCGGGACUGCUGCUUUCAGAGGCUGGGCUCGGAAGGUGGAGAGAAAACUUCACCCGUGAACGUGGGCACAUCCCUCUCCGUCUGCUGAGUGCCUGCCUGUCCCCCACUUUCUAAGUCUCAGGCAGAGCCCGAGAGGGAGGUGGGCCCUCGCAGGCUGGCCCAUGCUGCUCGCCCCCAACUGUGGAAUGCACGCAGAGCACCUUCAGUCCCUGCCUUCCAUGAACACUGAAAGGACUAAGCUGUCUUGAAGUGUGGCCACUACCCAUAAGGGCCAAGGAGCAGGGGAGGGAGCCGGAGGCUCGAGGGCUGGGAGUGGACGGCGUCUUUGCUCUGCUUGUAGGAGCUGCCCCGCCCACCCCAGACUGGGCCCCUGCAUCCGCUCCAAGGGCCCGGCUCUUCCGGACGGAACUGUGGCAACGGGGUGGGCGUCUGCUCCUCCGACCACCGAGGCCGGCAGGGGACAGCAGCUCAGCUUCUCUCCCCACACGCCCAAGCCCCCCUCUGUAGUCUAAACACCUCUCCCUAGUUUCAAUGUCAGGGGAGACCGCUGUCCUUCCCAGCCGUCUAGUCUGCUGCGUCGGGCACAUGAGAGGCAUCCCAGAGAUGGGCGGCUGGGCAGGAAGCCCAGCUCCAACACUUACGAACUGCUGUGUGCCCCAGAUCCAGUUACUUUGCCUCUCUGGGCCUCCCUGCCUUUAUUUGUAAAAUGGGAAACACCUGAAUGAAUAACUGAAUAACCACCACCAAUACAUCAAUGGCCCUCAGUCCACACAAAGGCCACGACCUCCCUGUCUGGAAGUCCUGCUCCGCAAAAGUACGGCAGGAAGGGGGUGCCUAUCUGUGGGCAGCUGUGGCAGGCUAAAUAAUGGCACCCAAAGACGCCCAGGUCCCAAUCCCUAGAACCUCUGAAUGUGACCUUAGAUGGCAAAGGGGGCUUUGCAGAUGUGAUUAAAGGCCUUCAGGCGAGAAGGUGAUCCUGGAUUAUCUGCGUGGGCCCUGGGUGCAGUCACAGGUCUCCUUUUAAGAGGGAGGAACAGAGAGACUAGAGGAGGAGAAGGGAGAUGCGACACGGGGCCACAGGGCAAGGAGUGAGGACAGCCCCGCGGAGCUGCACAGGAAGGGCAGGGUCCUCCGCUAGCAUCCGGGGGAGCACGGCCCUGGGAGCCUAGGAGAAAGGCAGGCCCGCAGGCCCCGCCCAGACCUCCUGAGUCGGAAUCUGUAUCUUUGCAGGAGGCCCGGGGAUCACCUAGAAUUUAGCACUGCUUUAAGCGAUGCUCAAAACCUCCCCUCCAAGCACAUGCUUCUAGACGGGAACGUGGCCA